AGCUGCCUGUGGUGUCAUAGAUGAAAUAUGGUCAUGGGAGUCAGUGCAACAUGGGGAUUCCGCUGCUAAACAGACAGAAUCUCAGUGGUAGCUUUGAUUGGACUGACAAUGCGAGAGACAUUGCAAAUUUCUCAUUAACUAUAUGCCAGAAGAGGUAGAAACAUCUUCUCUCCCCAUCCAACUUCAUCGAGUUCCUGCAUCCAUUGGUGAAUCGCGCCAAAAGAGUGGCUUCUCAUCCCGGACUUUGGUUGUGGCAGGACACUCGUUUGGAGGUUGCUCGGUUACGUUAGCCGCAUUGCAUUUCCCGGCCUUGUUCUCUUCGAUGAUCCUCGUCGAUCCGAUCAUUGAUCCUUUCCAAGGACUCGAGUGGGAGCACAACCAGUACUUGGCUGGGGCUACUUUGAUAAGGCGCGAUCGAUGGCCAUCACGGUGAUUAAAAUUUGACAAUACUCUCGUUUCGGAGUACUACUGAUUAUGAUUGUAGGGAGGAUGCCCUGCGUUCCUUUAAAUCUUCACCUGCGUUCUCUGCUUGGCAUCCUGAUCCUUCGGCUCUAUGUCGAUUUCGGACUGUACGAGGAUGAAAGCGGAUGCGUCAGAUUGAAAUUGCCUCCCAUUCACGAGGCUCUUGUCCUUGCGAAUUCACGAGCUAGCCGCGAAACCUGGGAAUUGUUGGAAAAGCUUGACGAAAAGAUUGAACUACUGUGGAU